AUGGGGGAUCUGGUGACUGGAUGGGCAGAUGAUGUGGUGGUCCUUAGCGAGCACCAUGCAGAGCUGCAGGAAAUGCUGAAUGCUGUGAGUGAGUAUGGAAGGGAUUUUGACGUUAGAUUCAGCAGGGAGAAGAGUAAAGUAUUAGUAGUAAAUGGGGAUGCGUUAGACAGGAACAGGACAUGGAUGCUGGGUGGGGAGGAAAUAGGAAGAACAAAGGAGUACAAGUAUCUGGGUAUUUGGCUGGAUGAAAGAGGGUGUGAAAGGACCAAGCAGGAAAAAAUAGCACGGACUAACCAAUGGGUGGGGAGGCUAGGUAGUGUAGCACGGUGCAGGGCAAAUAAGUAUGAGGUAGUUAGAGGACUAUGGAAGGGAGUAGCUAUCCCCAGCAUCAUGUAUGGUUUAGAAACAACAGUGUGGACUAGGAAAGACCUGAAUAGGCUAGAGGUUCUGCAGAACAUAACAGGCAAGAUAGCACUAGGUGCCAACAGGUAUGUGGCAGUGGAGGCAAUCAGAGGAGAUAUGGGAUGGAGUACAUUUAGGGAAAGGUUAGCUAAGGCAGUGUUGAGGUAUAGGGUUAGACUGCAGAGGAUGGAUGGGAGUAAAUGGGCAAAAAAGGUGUACGAAUGGAACGUGUAUGGACAGUGGACACAGGAGUCGUUUUAUGACAAGUCUUGA